GGAACCAAGAGGCAGGUAAACCAGCUGAAGCGGGCGGGUGGCGGGGAGGUGCGGCCCGGAGUUCGUGCCUUGCAGGACAUGACACAAGUGGUACGUCCCGGCCAUGGGGUCUCAGCAUUCCGCCUCUGCUCGUCCCACUUCCUGCAAGCAAAAGAAAGAUGACAGGGAGGAUUUGCUGGCUGAAUGGGAGCAGGAAGAAGCCAUUGCUCAGUUCCCAUAUGUGGAAUUCACCGGGCGAGAUAGCAUCACUUGUCUCACUUGCCAAGGGACAGGUUACAUUCCAACAGAGCAAGUAAAUGAGUUGGUGGCUUUGAUCCCACACAGUGACCAGAGAUUGCGUCCUCAGAAAACUAAGCAGUAUGUCCUUCUGUCUGUCCUGCUCUGUCUCCUGGCAUCUGGUUUGGUGGUUUUCUUCCUGUUUCCACAUUCAGUCCUUGUGGAUGAUGACGGCAUCAAAGUGGUGAAAGUCACAUUUAAUGAGCAGGACUCCCUUGUCAUCCUCGCCAUCACGGCCACCCUGAAAAUCAGGAACUCCAACUUCUACUCUGUGGCCGUGACCAGCCUGUCCAGCCAGGUCCAGUACAUGAACACAGUGGUUGGGUCAUACGUGACAACCAACGUCUCCCUCAUUCCGCCUCGGAGUGAGCAUCUGGUGAAUUUUACCGUGAAGGCUGAGAUGGGAGGACCGUUUUCCUAUGUGUACUUCUUCUGCACGUUACCUGAUAUCCGGGUGCACAACAUAGUGGUCUUCAUGCGAACUUCAGUGAAGAUUUCCUACAUUGGCCACAUGACCCAGAGCUCCUUGGAGACACAUCACUAUGUGGACUGUGGGGCAAAUUCCACAGCUGUUUAGAAACUGCCCUUGGUUCUUCCAUGGCAUCAGCUGUUCCCAGGGCUUGAGCUCCAUACCUACCCCAGGUGGUAGAAGUAGAGGGGAAAUUGGUUUUCAGUCCCCAGCAAACAUCUUCCUGCCACGUGGAGGAAAAUGCCUCUCUGUAACACCAUUUACAUUUCUCAGAACCAGCCAGAUCACUGCCUAGUGCCUCGCCUAUGCCCAGCACGUAGUAGGCACUCAAAGAAGGUUUGAAGACUUUUAAUUCAGAUCUUUUCAGCUGUUCUUGGGGCAUUAUAAAUCGAAAUCAUACCAUGGAUCUAGGUUAUCAGACAAUAGAGUGACAUGGAGAUAGGGCUGUCAGUGCAUCUGCAGGACUGUUGUCAGGGCCUCGUCACAGAAGUGGCGGCAGGGCGGGAACACUGGAAUACAUAAGGAAGCACAGACCGUUCCAUGUGGGAAAUUUUUUCAUCUGCUCCCAAAUGCCUAGGAACUUUAUCAAAAAAAAAAAAAAACUUUUUUUCCCUGUAGAAAAUUACAAUUGUUUUUACCAAGAGUCCAUGUGGGGCUUGAUUUACCCUUCAUCCAUUGGCUGGAACAUGGAUUGGGGGAUUUGGUAGAAAAAUAAACCCUGCUUUUGAUUCA